AUUUCUCUGUAUUGUGAAUAUGUUCUCCAUAUUCAGAAACACAGCUUCUAUAUUCACAAACUUCACUCAGCUCUUACCUCUAUGAAACAAGCUCUCUAAACUCACUUGCACUCACAGACCUUGGACAUCUCACACAACACUCUCAGGUUGACAAUGAUCUAUAUAAAUAUAUACUACGGUGGACCCCUUAGCAAUGCCAACCCUUAUGAUGGAGUCUCAUUUCAAGGUCCGGGUAUCCAGUGCUACUAUAUGAUGAUACGCCGUAAGCUAAAGACCCUGAAUGAGCUGAAAGUAAAAAUUAUGGAAGAGUUGCAAGUGAACCCUGCUUUGCAUGACAUACAUAUUACUUUCCGUUCUCCAUAUGAAGUCCUCAAUCAAUGCAUUAAUUACAGAUAUAUGGCGAUAACAGAGGACAAACAUGUGAAAUUCAUGUUUAGUAAGAUGGACAAAUGGAAACAAGCAGCAGAUUUUGAGUUGUACGUCACUUUGGAGCCGCGUGCAGAAGUUGGUGUAGAGGACGAAAUUGUACAAACAACUACAUCUCUACAGUUUGCAGUCCUAGAUGAUCGAUGCACCACAUUGGGAGGCUAUACACCCUCUUUUCAAGAGACACCAGUAACAAUUGAGAGCGAACCUGAAAAUAGAUAUGAAGAUCAAUUUUGUACACAUCAAGGUGAAUCCUCUACAGUUCCAGUAGUUGAAGAUGAAGAUGAAGACGAAGACUAUUCUGGGGAAGAUAGUGAGGAUAGAGAUGAGUAUGAAGAGAGGAUUGACGAUGGUGACUUUGACAGGGGUCUUGAUGACCAUGAAAUUACUCCCAUUUCUCAUGUUGAUGAUAUGCCUGAAUGUGAUGAAGAUGAUGAGGACGCUAAUGCUAGAGUUCAGCAUGUUACAAAUACGACCCUUGUUUAUGAACCUCCUGCCUCAUCAUUUUAUGAAAAUACUUGGGAAAAUAUGGUUGAUCCUGAAGUUGGUCAGCAAGCAUUUGCUUCUUCUUGGAAUGCAGACAUGAAUUUUGCGAAAGGGUUGAUUUUUGCUAAUAAAAAGGCGGUGAGACGUGCAUUAACAAUUUACGCCGCAAAGCAUAACAGAAACUUUGUGACUAGUAGGUCGACCACAAGUAGACUGUCUGUGAAAUGCAGCGAUGAAUCAUGCAUGUGGUACGUUGGGGCAGUUAUGAAGCCUGAACUCGGACUAUGGAUGGUCACAUCUUAUAGGGGUCCUCAUAGUUGUAUGCCCCUUGCCACGGCCCUUGAUGGUAGAAUGAUGGAUUGUAAUUUUCUAGCAGAAGAAUUUGUUCCAUUGUUGAAAGAGAAACACACGGCAACAAUUUAUCACCUCAGACAUUUCAUUAAAGGGAAGUAUUAUGGGCAUAUUCUUUCUUACUAUAAGAUAUGGGAUGCGAAACAACGAGGUAUUGCAAAGAUAUUUGGGGAUUGGGAAGAGUCUUACCAAAGGUUGAGAAAGUUAUUGUUAGCAUAUUGGGAUCAAGAACCUGGCACCCGUUUCUGGUUUCACACCAUACCCAGGGACGAGUUCGGUGAUACAAUAUUGCGCUAUAUAUUUUGGGCUUUCGCUCCAUGCAUUGCAGGAUUCAAACAUUGUAAGCCAGUGAUCAGUAUUGAUGGGACCCAUUUGUAUGGUAAAUAUCGAGGAGUGUUGUUGAUUGCAAUGGCCACCGAUGCCAACAACAAGGUUUUGCCUCUUGCCUUUGCCGUUGUGGACAAAGAGUCAGGUUCUAGUUGGGGGUGGUUUUUAGAACGCCUCAGGAAUGCACUGGGGGAUGUGAUAGCAGAUAAGGACAUCUGCAUAAUUUCUGACCGACAUAAGGGUAUUCAAAGUGCAAUUGCAAACUGGCCUAGACAUGAUGAUGGACGACAACGAGUAGUUCACAGAUAUUGCCUUCGACAUGUUGCUAGCAACUUCAACACGCAUUUUCAGGAUGCCACUUUAAAGUCAUUAGCCUUAAAAGCGGGGUAUGCUACUCAGGAAUCUAAAUUUGAGUUGUACAUGCAACCUAUCAAGGAAGCUGAGAUCGAGGCCCUUAGGAAGAAACGGAGAACCGAGCAGCAGGAAAGUGCACCCGACUCAUCCAUCAUGCCAUACACAUAUCUAAUGAACGAGGAUCUAGACAAGUGGACCCAACUACAUGAUGGUGGAUACCGUUAUGGGGCUAUGACAACCAAUGUUUCGGAAAAUUACUCGUGA